UGAUUCUAAUUUCUACUUAUCUGUGAAUAAUACUGUGUAUUUGCAAAAAAAAAAAUCUUGUGUUCACCUUGUUUAUUCUAUUUUAUGUUAUAAUAUUAACGCAAGGAAAAUAAACUUACCAUACAUUUAUAAUCACAAUUUCUCUGCUGCAGUUUUAGUGUUAUCAUAAAAUAGUGCAUUUUGCUGAUGUGAUUUUAGUGAAAUGUCGUCUUAUAUGGCAGGUGUUUUUGAUUUAGAUUUAGAUGUGGAUUCUACAGUUGGGGAUUCUGACGAAGAUGAUAUAAUUGAAGUCGAUGAGGUUGAUUAUGAUCCUGAACUACAUGUCAAUAAUAUAGUAGAGUCUGAAGGAUCAGAAACCAUACAACUUUCAGAAGAUAAUGUAAAUCCAGGCCAGUGUAAAAGACUUGGUCCCCAAGAUUUUGAACUAAGAAAAGUUUUGGGAAAAGGUGGAUAUGGAAAAGUUUUCCAAGUUCGUAAGAUUACUGGCCCUGACCCUGGUGCAUAUUUUGCAAUGAAAGUGCUUAAGAAAGCUUCAAUUGUGCGUAAUCAAAAGGACACUGCUCACACUAAAGCAGAAAGAAAUAUUUUAGAAGCUGUUAAGCAUCCAUUUAUAGUUGAAUUAGUAUAUGCUUUUCAAACUGGUGGUAAAUUAUAUCUAAUUUUAGAAUAUUUAAGUGGAGGGGAAUUGUUCAUGCAUCUUGAGCGUGAGGGUAUAUUUCUUGAGGACACAGCAUGCUUCUAUUUGUCAGAAAUUAUAUUAGCUUUGGAACAUUUACACAGCUUAGGCAUAAUUUAUCGCGAUUUAAAACCUGAAAAUGUCCUAUUGGAUGCUCAAGGACAUGUAAAACUUACAGAUUUUGGAUUGUGUAAAGAGCACAUUCAGGAAGGUAUUGUCACACACACUUUUUGUGGAACCAUUGAAUAUAUGGCUCCUGAAAUUUUGACCAGAAGUGGACAUGGUAAAGCUGUUGACUGGUGGAGUUUGGGUGCAUUAAUGUAUGACAUGCUAAUUGGGCAGCCACCAUUUACUGGAGACAACCGUACAAAGACAAUUGAAAAAAUACUUAAAGGUAAACUAAUGUUACCGGCCUACCUCACUCAAGAUGCUCGCGAUUUGAUACGGCGUCUAAUGAAACGUUCAGAAACGCAACGUUUAGGUGCUACUGGUGCUGCUGCAGUGCGAAGUCAUGCUUUUUUUAAGCAUGUGAAAUGGGAUGACGUCUUUGCUCGACGACUGGAACCUCCUAUUAAACCACGUUUGACUAGCGAAGAUGAUGUGUCUCAGUUUGACACUAGAUUUACUCUGCAGACACCAAUUGAUUCUCCAGAUGAAUCAACACUUAGCGAAAGUGCCAACCUUAUGUUCCAGGGCUUUACAUAUGUAGCUCCAUCAGUAAUGGACGAAAUUCAUAAGCCACGCGUUAUUACUGCCCGUUCUCCUCGACGUCCUAGACCACACAAUCAUAAUGCAUUCACAGUGCCUCCUGCUUCCACUCACUCACAUCAACACGCUCAACAGGAAGAUCUUAUGGAAGUACAAGGAAUGCCUAUAUAG